AUGUGGCGGCCCGCGUCCCUGCUGAUGGUGCUCGUGGCGCUAGUAGGAGCGGCUGGAGGUGGUCUACGCAUAGCUGCCGUGUUUGACGAGGCGGACCCGCCGCAUCUGCGGUCGGCGUACCUCGCGGCCGUGGAGGCCGUGAACCUGCAGACGGCCGGCUACCGGGUUCGCGCCAGCGGCUUCUCCAGGCCCGUCCUGGCGCCGCUCAACGUCACCGUGCCACGACACGACGGCUUCAGGACCGCCAGGAUCGAGGAUAAAGAAGGUGAAGUAUUGUCGGCAGUGUGCAGGCUGAUGGAGCAGGGCGUGGCGGGCAUCAUCGGCCCCUCGCAGAGCGCCUCCACAGACAUCGUGCGCUCCAUCUGCGACCGGCUGCACGUCCCCCAGUUGGUGCUCAACUGGGACCCCAGUCCGCCAACCGCAGCCUCCUACCAGCUCAACCUGCACCCUGAGUCUCAUCUGCUGUCGCAGGCGCUGGUGGACGUACUGCGUGAGCUGAAGUGGCGCUCCUACACGGUGCUGUACCAGGAUGAGGAGUCGCUGGUGCGCCUGCGCAGUGUGCUGCAGGAGAGGGAGCCCCGGGACCCACCCAUCGCCGUCCGGCAGCUGAACCCAGAUGGCGACCACAGGUCUUUGCUGAAGGAGAUUCGGCAAGCAGGAGAGACUCGUCUGGUGCUGGACGUGGACACGGAGCUGAUCCCAGAGGUGCUGUGGCAGGCCAAUGAAGUCAACCUCAUGGGCCUUUACCAAUCUUUCUUCAUCACCUCACUGAACGCCCUGACUCUUGACCUUUCGCGCCUACGCGGCAGCGGCGCCGGCGCCAACUUCACGCUGCUCAGGAUGGUCCAGCGGGAGCGACUGCUACACGACUUUCCAGCAGAGCUGCGCUCCAGCCGCACGACGGGUGAGGCGCUGAUGCAGGACGCGGUGGACGUGUUGUCCGAGGCUCUGUUCCAUCAGGACACGGAGCGACCCCUGCACGCUGAGAGACUCAAGUGCGACGGCCCAGCCUGGAUGCGCGGCCAAGGCGUUCGACAGGCCCUGCACGACAUACAGCACGAAGGAAUCUCUGGAAGCAUCGCAUUCGACGACCUGGGCCGACGCGUGGGCUUCUCGCUGGAAGUGCUUCAGCUAUCUGCUGCUGGAUUCCGGCGCGUCGGCACCUGGACGCCGGCCCAGGGCUUCUCCAGCACCAGGACCAACGAAGAGGACAUGGAGGACACGCGGAGCAUCCUGCAGGGGCGGCACCUCAUCGUCUCGUCCAGGAUUGGCGCGCCGUACCUGAUGAUGAAGAAACCUACGACGCCCCCGCGGGUUGGCAACGACCGCUACGAGGGCUACUCGAUGGACCUGAUCACGAAAAUCGCCGAGCAGCUCCACUUCACGUUCGAAUUCCAGCUCGCCAAAGAUGGCGAGUACGGCAGCCUUAACGAAAAGACCGGCGCCUGGGAUGGACUCGUCGGCGACCUCCUCGCGGGGAGGGCAGAGCUGGCUAUAUGUGACCUUACGAUUACAGAGCUAAGACAAUCGGUUGUGGACUUCACCAUGCCUUUUAUGAAUUUGGGUAUCAGCAUCCUGUACAAGAAGGCUGAGAAGAUGGAACGCAGUCUUUUCUCAUUCAUGGACCCUUUCACCGUUGACGUAUGGAUCUUCGUGGCAACAGCCUUCCUCGGCGUCUCCCUCAUUUUCUACAUAGUGGCAAGGGCGGCGCCAAUGGAGUGGCAGAAGGCAAAUCCUCGCGAUCCCAACUGCAACGAGCUGGAGAACCAGUUCAGCAUGUCCAACAUCCUGUGGUUCACCGGCAGCGCCCUUCUGGGAGGAGGCGGUGAGGAGAUGCCCAAGGCCGUAUCGACGCGGAUUAUGGCGGGCAUGUGGGCCUUCUUUAAGCUGAUCAUGCUCGCCUCCUACACGGCCAACCUGGCGGCGUUCCUCACCAGCAGCAGGAUGGAGUCUUCCAUCAACAGCGUCAACGACCUUGCCAAGCAGAGCAAGAUCAAGUACGGCCUCUACGGUUCGGGUUCCACCGCUGGAUUCUUCAAGAACUCGAACGACAGCCUGUACCAGCGGAUGUGGACCAUCAUGAAGCAAGCACGUCCGAACGUGUUCACCAAUGGCAACGACGAGGGCGUGGAGCGCGUCAGGAAGGAGAAGGGCAAGUACGCCUUCUUCAUGGAGUCCACCAGCAUCGAGUACAUCACGGCGCUCGACUGCAAUCUGCGCAAAGUAGGCGGACUGCUCGACUCCAAAGGCUACGGCAUAGCGCUGCCCAGAGACUCACCCUACCGGACAGCCAUCAGCGGGGCAGUGCUGACGCUGCAGGAGCGAGGCAACCUGACCGCCCUCAAGGAGCUCUGGUGGAAGGCGCCCGAGGGCAAAGAGUGUCCUGCAGAGGAGGAGGGGCCUUCCAGCAGCAACGCCGAGCUGGGCAUCCUCGAUGUGGGGGGCGUCUUCCUCGUGCUGGGCUGCGGUAUGAUCCUCGCCAUGAUCAUCAACGUCCUGGAGUUCCUCUGGAAUUGCCGGACUAUCGCCGUUGAGGAACAGAUCUCGCACUGGGACGCGUUUGUGUCUGAGCUGAAACUGGUGUCGCGCCUCUGCAGCGACGUCAAGCCUGUCCGCAAGAGCCACCUGCCGCAGCUGGAAGGACCGCAGCCACCGGACGUAUGCGGGUAGACGCACGAGGAGCGCGGUGGUGUGCGACCAGAUGAACGCAUUGUUAGUGCAAGUGCUCACAAUCAGUCAAGUCUGUGGUUACUGGCAUUAGAUCCG